UGUUUCCUCUUUGAGAGUUGAAGGUUUGAUCAACCAAACUACUACUUUGUGUCCAAGUAUUUGAAGUAUAAAGGUUUAUACUACCAAAAAAGAAAAUCUUCUUUCUGUCCAAGUACCUGUAGUUUUGAAGGAUCAGCCCACCCAAAAUACGACUAUCUGUCUAUAUAUUUGAAGCAUAAAGGCUCCUUUCCAAGUACUCAUACUUUUAAAGGUUUAUUCUCACAAAAUACCACAUUGUGUCCAAUUAGUUAUGGUUUAAAAUGUGUAUUCCACAUUUUACUUUCUGUACUUCAAGGGUGAAUUCCAAACCAAGUACUGGUCUCUGUCCUGUGCUUAAACUCGGUUGUUCAGAGCUGCAUGCCGGGCACUUCGUACGGCUGUAGUCAGUACAGCUGAAGGGCCGCUGGUCCUGCUGGUCUUUGUAGUCCUCACAGCCUGCAGCUCAGCAGCGGCGACGUGAUGACGUCGCGGCCGUACGUCCUGUGGAGGAAUGUGCGGAAACUUGUGUCCACUUUUCUGUCUGCGCUGUUCGUCGAAGGAAAAACCCACAAAAGUGGACAAAAACUCCACCAAAGUUCGAGUAAAGUUCGGACGUGAAGAGUCGGUUCUGGUCCUACGGAGGUGAACAGCUGAACUCGACAUGGCCGCUCAGUCGGUGUUCUCGGUGGAGAUGUUCCCCGUGGGGGUCUCUCUGAUGGAGGACGGGCAGAGCCUCAGCGACAUGCCCAGGAACACGCUGCCCGCCCCUCAGCUGGUGAUGCUGGCCAACGUGGCGGCGGUGACGGCGGCGGAGGGCGGUGGCGGCGGCGAAGGCAGCGCUGCAGACGAGAAGGAGAUGAUGGAGCUGAAGACGGUGGGAUGCAGCUACUCGGACAGCGAGGACGAGAGCAUCAUCAGGUACAGCUACGACAACCAGAACCAGAGAGAGGUCUGCAUCAUCGAGUAUCCCGAGUCUCCAGGCCUGCCUGUCGAGGGUGUGGUCGUCGGAGACGGUGCUGAGGGCGACAAAGCUGAAGACCUGUCCCGCCGGCCUCAGUCCCGUCCCCCAGCCGCAGAUGCUGCAGCUGCCGCCAGACCGCCUCAGCAGGCCGCCAAACGCAAAGAGGGCCUCCCCACUGCCACAGAGGGCGCCAAGAAGAAGAAGCCUUUCCACUGCAAACCGUGCCACUUCCAGGCCCAGAACGAGCAGGAGUUUGUGGAGCACCUCAGCACCCACAGCAUCAGCAAGAUGCUGGUGGUGAACCGUGUGGAGGGACGCAGCAAGACCAAGGCCAAGGACGCAGAGCCGCCCGAGGCCCAGGCUCCGGCCGGUGGGGGGGCGGAGAGUGGUGGGGAGGCGGCUGCAGGCGACAUCAAGGGGCUGAUCAGAUGCGAGCGGUGCGGUUACAACACCAACCGAUACGACCAUUACAUCGCCCACCUGAAACACCACAGCAAGGAGGGCGAGGACCACAGGGUUUUUAAGUGCACUCUGUGUCCGUACACCACCGUCAGUCAGUACCACUGGAGGAAACACCUGAGGAAUCACUUCCCCAGCAAACUGCACACCUGCAGCCAGUGUUCCUACUUCUCCGACCGCAAGAGCAACUACAUCCAGCACAUCCGGACUCACACAGGUGUCCGUCCUUUCCAGUGUGUCUACUGCGACUACUCCAGCUCUCAGAAGACCCACCUGACCCGACACAUGAGGACUCACUCAGGUGAGCGUCCUUUCAAGUGUGAGAGCUGCACCUACUUGGCAGCCAACCAGCAUGAGGUGACCCGGCACGCCCGGCAGGUCCACAAUGGCCCCAAACCUCUGUCCUGUCCCUACUGCGAGUACAAGACGGCUGACCGCAGCAACUUCAAGAAGCACGUCGAGCUGCACCUCAACCCUCGCCAGUUUCUCUGCCCGCUCUGCAAGUACGCCGCCUCCAAGAAGUGCAAUCUGCAGUAUCACAUCAAGUCCCGGCACUCUGGCUGCAAUGUUGCUGUUGACGUUUCCAAGGUCAAGCUGCGUGUCAAGAAAUCUGGUCCUGAUGAGGAAAAUGCUGACUCCAAAGCCAACAAGUUUGACAAUUCUUCAAGCAUUGAGGAGGACUUUGACAUGGAUGACGGGGAAGAGGACUCAAGCCCUAUCAAUCUGUCGAUGAGAAAGAUUGGCAGGCCCAGUAUCGGCCAGAGUGAAACGUCUGACAAGUCUCAGAAGAAAUCUACUGUCACUUCUGAGAAACUCCCGAAGGUGAAGGACAAAGUGGAACCGGAGAAAAAGGUCACAACGAGGCAGAAGAAGGUGAACGAAAGUCCAGCAGAGAACACAACUGCCAAAGAAACCCAGAUGGAGGUAACGACUGCCGUAAACACAGACAGCAAGGUGAAGAGGCGAGUCAAGAAGCCCCCGGCGGAUAAAACCGCCACCCAGGACCAAGCAGAACCACAAAAACCCCAAACAGAACCAGUGAAACCUAACCAGCAAAGAUCGGAGGAGGCGAGAUCAGUGAGGCAGAAAGUGGAUAAAGAAAGUCAGAAAACCGACAGCAAGAAGGAGAACAAGAGCCUCAGCAAACCCCGCAAGUCUGCAUCCAAGAAGUCGGAGAAAACUCCAGAACAUGUUGAAGAAGCUCCACAGAAACCAGACAGUGCAGCAAAAACUCAGAAAGAGAAGUUGAUCAAGGACAAGGCUGCAAAGAGGAAAGCUGUGGAGGCUUUAGAUUUAUCCAGAGGGUCCUCCUCCGAGACCCCGUCCAGAACCAGGCGGCUGAAAGCCUUGAAAUCUGCUUCAGAAGACACAACCGAGACCAGCCAGUUCAGUUCAACGACACACAAGUCUACGACACCAGGAACGCAGAAGAAGACCAGGAGUUCCAACAAGAAGGCCACAAGUCUGCAACAAAAAGCAAAAGAUGAGCCGGGGUCUGUUAUGAGGCCAUCAUCUAAGAAUCAGGAAGCAUCCGCUCAGCUAGACGACCCAACACCAGCCACCACCGCCGAUCUGACAGAAACCACCUCCUUUACAGACCAAGCCGCUCUGACAGAGCCAGAGAAGACUCCGGAUGUUUCACCCAGCAGCAGCUCUGCCGACAACACGCCUUCUCCGGCUGAGGACCGGCCUGCGCCGACCUUUGUGAAGCCCACGUCGCCACCAUCUCUGAUGCUUCCAGGCCAGCGAAGCAAAGCCACUGACGCCGAGGACGACGAGGGCAUCCACAGCAGCCACGAAGGGGGAAGCGACAUCAGCGACAGCGCCUCCGAGGGCAGCGACGACUCUGGCCUCAACGGUAACGGCGCCAUCUCGGGUAAGAUGGCCAAUGACCCUGAAACGCCCACUGAUGAGAUUCCGACGCCAACGGAGCUCAAGAGUCACAUGUGCAUCUUCUGUGACCGUACGUUCCCCAUGGAGGGGGAGUACCGCCGCCACCUGAACCGCCACCUUGUCAAUGUCUACUACAUGGAUGCCAAAGCUCAGAAAUGAGGAGCUGUACGCAUGCCGACGCUCAGCAGUUUGAGAACAGACACCAGGUUGUCACAGUUAGCUCACCAUGUUUGUUCUUAUGUUAACUCACUGAGUGCCUGUAGAUUUAAACACAUCACAGCGUGAGGUCCAAGCACCAGCACUGCAGCGCUGCUUUCAAGAACCCACAAAACAUUUCACCGUCUUCAAAAAUCAGCCACAGGUUUUCAUUUCUGUUUACUCCAGGUGGUGCCGCUCUCACAAAAUGACUGUUCGACGUCACACUUUGUCCUGCAGCGUCCUGAGCUGCGAUCGGAGUCGGGGAAAUCAUGUGUUCAGGGCCUAGGCGCUAGAGGCCUGAGGCUGCGCUUGGUGUUUGGACUUCACCGCCACCGACUGCAGUUUCAGUCUGUGAACACAUCACAACAUCAUCACGUUAUGUGUCACACGUAUUUCCUGAGCAUGUCUAUCUGCUGCUGCAGCUUUCUGACACUUUCAUGGGAUCUCUCAAUGAAUUUACCAUCAUAUCACAUCAGCUCAACGUUUGGAGACGAAACUGGUUAACCAUCUGAACUCUGGAACGUAAUUUUUCCUCACUGUGGGUUCAUUUUUCAUCGCAAUGUAAAGUCCUGCAGCCCUCUGGAAACAGCACAACACGACAAGAAGGAGAAAAAACUUUGAAAUGUCUUCUGUACAGUCAGGCACAGUUAGAAUGAGACAAGUCAGAAAAAACAAUACACUUCUUUGAUUAUUAAAAGACAACAAUCAAAACCUGGAA